AUGGCUGACCAGGCAACACCGGAGGGUUCCCUCAUAGCCCUCAUCGCAGACCAGGAUACGGCAACGGGCCUGUUGCUCACUGGAAUCGGGCAUGUAGACUAUCGUAAGAACUCCAACUUCCUCAUUGUGGACGAGAAAACACCACAAGGGAAGAUAGAGGAUGCCUUCCGUGAGUUUACAACCCGAGACGACGUUGCAGUGGUGCUCAUCAACCAGUCUGUGGCCGGGACCAUCCGGCACCUGCUCAACAACUACACGAAGCCCAUCCCUGCUGUGCUCGAGAUUCCCAGCAAGGACACUCCCUAUGAUCCCAGCCAGGAUUCUGUGCUUUCAAGGGUCAAGUUUAUGUUUGGCGACUCCUGA